AUGAAAGAUCGUGUCUCACUACAAGACGUCGUGCAGUAUCAAAGCUUGAACUACCUUCAAAUGCGCGUCUUUCACCUUGUCGUAGGUCUUCUAUGCGCAUUCUGCGCUACUACUUUUCAGCAUGUUCUUGCUACUUCUGAUCCAGUAUCAAAGCUUCGUAUUGCUGCAGAUAAUGCAUUUGCUGGUGGAGAUAUGAAAAAAGCCAUUUCACUCCUCUCAAAGCUCAUUGAACUCGAUCCAAGCAAUGAACGCAACUUUUACAAACGUUUUCGAGCUUAUUUGAGUGAACGCAAGUAUUUCCACGCUCUAUCGGACUUGUCUUUAGCCUUGGAGAUCAAUCCCAAGUAUAGACAAGGAUUAUUACAACGUGGAAAGCUCUUGAUUAUGUUGGGACAAUGUGCAGAGGCGUCACUGGAUCUAGAGAAACUUAUCAAGUUGUACCCAAAGGAUACAGUAGCUAUGGAGCAAUUGGAUAAGAGCAAGGAAUGUGCGGCGUACAUUGAUAAAGCUGAAAUUGCUCAAAGUCGUGGUGAUUAUCAAUCGGCGUAUGAUUAUUUGACACAAGUGCUGGAAGGUUCAGCUAUUUCUAGUAUACCUUUGCUGCUAGAACGAGCACAACUUAGUGUGUCACUGGAGAACGCGUACGAUGCAAUUGCAGACCUUGGCUCUAUUUUGAAGCUAGAUCCGUCCAAUUUAGUUGCGUUGCAAAUGCGUGGUGAAGUACUGUACUCACUUGGAGACAAGCAGUCACUCGAGGCAGCAAAGUCGCACUACUCGCAAGGUUUGCACUCGGACCCGGAGCACAAAGGCAUUAAGAGCCUUCACAGGAGACUGAAUAAGGUUCUCAAGUACGUAAACCGCGCGGAAGAUGCUAUGGAGCGUGAGGCUUACGUUGAAGCAGUGGAAGAGUGGCGAUCGGCCGUGGAGGUUCAUCCGGAACACUUUGCAAUGAACAAAGAGUUUUACCUGCAGUUGUGUACUAGCGAAAUGCGUCUCAAGCACUUUUCCGAGGCACGUGAUGCCUGUGAGAAGGUUGUGAGCUAUGACAAUGACAACGCUCAGGCCUUUGCAACGUUGAGCGAAGCGUAUAUCGGUCUUGAACUAUACGAGGAUGCUGUACGUUCAGCAAAACGCGCGUUAGAGCUGGACAACUCGAGCCGAGAGUUUACGGAGAAGGUAGCACAGGCCGAGGCAGCUUUGAAACAGAGCAAAACCAAGAAUUACUACAAGAUUCUCGGUGUUUCACGCACUUCGGACGCUAAAGAGAUCAAGAAAGCGUACCGCAAGCAGGCCCUUGAGUGGCAUCCGGAUAAGCACACUGACAAGGACGAAACUGAGCGCGAGAAGGUAGAAAAACGAUUUCUUGACAUUGCGGAAGCUUACGAGAUUUUAUCAAAUGAGGAAACGCGUACCAUGUACGAUCGUGGCGAGGAUGUCACCGGCAACCCGCAGCAGCAGCAGCAACACCAUCACUCUCCGUUUAACAAUGCGCAGUUUUUCCAGCAGGGCGGCCGUACCUUCCGCUUCAACUUUGGAGGUUAG